CAUUCUUAUGCCUCGGCCAAAAGUCCACUAUCACACAAAUAAUAGUAACUGACAUCGUCCGUAUAUGCGUUUUUCGUCCCUCGAGGCCUAGAGUUCACCACUGCGACUACUAUUCCACGACGACACCGGAGCACGUGACUACGCGUUGCGCCACGGCAAGCCAGGGCUCUUGUGAAUGGCCUCUGAGGUGAACCUGUCUCUCCAAUGAGCUGUUAGUAACAAUGGCAGAGACGAACGUGGAGGGGGCGAAUGGCAAUUCAAAUGCAGCGUCCGGCUUGCUUUUCCAGGGCAAGCAGUUCUGGCUGUCGCAGAAUAUUCCCCAGAGGGCUCGAUUCAAGGAAACCAUCCAGCGAAAUGGCGGUGUCAUAAGACUCUAUGAAAAAGACGCCGGCAUUAAAUUGGUGGACCAUGUGAAAAAGAAUCUCCCGGAAGACACGUUUUCCUACCGCUUUGUUGAAGACUCAGUUCGCAAUGGGCGCCUAGAAAACCUGGAGAACUACAGGGCUGGACCUUCGGCCUCACGUCCGGUAGGGGCGACUAACAUACCAAGUCGGGGAUUUAAGAGGUCGUAUACAAUUCAAGACGAUCAAUUCCUCUGGGAUUGGAUGCAGCCAUACGAAAAGGAACCCAAUGCUCCUAUCAGCGGCAACAGAAUCUACCAGGAAUUAGCUGUAGUGAAUCCGGCGCACACAUAUCAGUCCUAUCGCGAUCGAUAUUUAAAGAGGCUCCGUGGGCGACCACGCCCAGGGGGUAUGCCGCAACCCACUACCCCUUCUGCUAUACCAGACAGAAACCAGAGGGUACAAACCCCGACGCCAACUCCAAUCGCAGCUGCUGUUGCUUCGUCAUCAAGGCAAAGAGGCCCAAGCACGGUUAACCGGAUGCCUAAAGUUAGGAAACGGAAACGCAGCACGUCUCCUUACAGCUCAGAUGGCACCGAUUCCACUGGAGGUGAUAUUCCACCUCGGAAGCGUAGGGCCACUGGAAGCCCCGAAAGCAAUCCCAGAACUCCAACGCCAGAGGUCCCUCAGAAAACUCAAGAGACUCCGUCCCGGCCACAGUCACCGCCUCCGCAGAUCAUAAUCCCAACAUUUGACGAGAAUACAACCAAGAAGUCCAAACUGAACAAGGGGAAAGAACCUCAGCAAGCACCUGAGAAAGCACUCGAGGGAGCACCUGAGAGAGCAUCUGAGAGAGCACCAGAGAAAGAUCCUAACAAAGCUCCUAACAAAGAUCCUAAAAGAGCCCCCGAGAGAGCUCCUAGGAAACCUUCUGGGAAAUCCCCUGAAAAACCAUCCGAACAAGCUCCUGAGAAAACUCCCAAGAAACCAAAUGAGAAAUCUCCUGAGAAAGCUCCUGAGAAACGACCUGAGAAGGCUCCUGAGCAAAAACCCGAGGACGCACCCAAGGAAGCCGAAAUAAACCCCGAGCACACGCCCGAGCAAACACCCGAGCAAACACCCGAGCAACGACAAAGAUCCCCAAGCCCCAUCAACGAAGACUACGAACCGGAACCCAUUGACGAAAUGUUUCUAGAGCUUCCUUUCCUUCCAUCGAGCCCAGGGAGCUCAGAGCCCGAAGAGCAGCCAGACCAGGACAUUGACGCCUGGAUUGACAACCGGCUCCGGACCGGAAAAGCAAAGAAUGAGGACCAAAUCAUCGAGGCCCUUCGCUGUACCAGCAUGGACCCGCAACUUGCUGAUCAAGUCCUAAAACACCUAGUCGCAGGAAAAGGCAUCCCACAAGAUACGGCAGGGGUGUGGACAGCCGAGGAUGACAAAUGCAUCGAGGGGAGAAACACCAGAGACAUCGAGAGGGUCUUAGAAAAGCACGGUUCCGAUUUCUUCAACUCGCGCUGGCAGUAUAUCGACAUGGCAAGGACUGCCGGCCUGGAGAAGGGCCAGGAGGAAGGAAUCGCAGAACUUUGA